CAGAUUGGCUAACUGCGAGAUGGAACAGGAAAGUCAUUGAAGUAGAAGAACAGAGCAGCCAGUUCCCCUCUUUUAGCCAGUUUGUGAAAUUUCUGACAAGAGAAGCGAAAAUUGCCUGUAAUCCGGUUACAUCAUUGCAAUCACUAAAGCAAAGUGAAACUGACAAGCCAAAAUACCAAAGACAUCAAAAUGUUAAAGCAAAGACACUGACUACAACUUCUAAUGAAGAGACUAUCAAGACAUGCAUUUUCUGUAAGAAGACUGGGCGUGCUUUACACAAAUGCAGGAAGUUUGUGGAGAAUUCAGUCACUGAUAGAGUGAAAUUUGUUCAAGCUGAAAGGCUAUGCUCUGGUUGCCUCAAAUCUGGUCACCUCUCAAAGAGCUGCAACAAUAGGAGUGUUUGUGAUGCAUGCCACAAGCAACAUCCUACUUGUCUGCAUGAGGAGAGACACAAAGAAGAACAACGACUACCACGUACCAAACAAAAUCCAAGUCAAGAGAAAUCAAGUACAACUCAAGAAAAGAACAAAGAAAGGCCUCAAGCAACACAACAUAAAGAAAAAGUCACAGUUGCUACUUCAAAUCGAGUAAUCCUGGAUGAAGCAAAUACACAGACCUCUGCAAUAAUUCCUGUCUGGCUUUCAUCUGCAACUCAACCAGUGCAAGAAGUCCUUGUACAUGCUCUCUUGGUUUUCUCAAAGCGACACAACUUUUGUUCUAAGUGAAGUAGCCGAAGCUUUGGAGGCCAACAAAGAGCAAGUCAAGUUAAAACUCUCUACUAUGACGUCAAGAACUACCGUAGUAAGUUCUCAAAGAGUGAACAACUUACAAGUCCGUGGCUUUUACUCUGGUAAGAAGAUCUCUUUACCACCAACCUACACGCGUGAAUUUAUUCCCUCUAACAGAACUCACAUACCAACUGAUGAAACUGCAAAGGCUUGGUCCCAUCUAGAGCACCUCCAAGAAGAUGUAGCACCUUUGCAAGACUGUGAAGUAGGUCUGCUCAUUGGUUACAACGGCUCACAAGCCCUUCUGCCACGAGAAGUUGUGUCCGGCAAAGAAAAUCAGCCUUACGCACAGCGCACGGAUCUUGGAUGGAGUAUUGUCGGCCAUGGGAAUCCCUGUGUAGAUUAUGGAGAUGCCUUCGGAAUCAGCCAUCGCAUAGUAGUGAGACAGGUGACACCAGGUGUUGAGCCCUCUGUCUAUCUCAAAACAGAAGUGCACUAUGUGAACAGAUCCAAAGUUAAAGAAAUUACCCCUUUAGACAUCAUAAAGGUCCUCGAAUCAGACUUCUCAGAAAGAGCUGGAGAAGAGGAUCCUGUGUCUCAGGAUGACCUCAAGUUCCUGUCAAAGAUGAGAGAAGGCAUAACACAAAAGGAAAAUGGUCAUUAUGAAAUGCCAUUACCGUUCAAAGAGGAAAGACCAAAACUACCAAACAAUAAGAUAUGUGCAAUACAUCGCCUAAAUUGUCUUGAAAGGAGGCUUAAAAAGAAUGAAACAUACUACAAAGACUAUGUCAACUUUAUGGAUGACCUCAUUUCACGUGGUGAUGCAGAGAAGGUCCCUGAGGAAGAAAUUGAAAUUGAUAUUCCACACCAUGGAGUUUAUCAUCCACAAAAACCCGGGAAAAUACGUGUAGUGUUUGACUGUUCUGCCAAGUUCCAAGAAACAUCUCUCAAUGACCAUCUGCUCACUGGAACUGACCUGACAAAUACACUGGUGGGUGUCCUGUGCAGAUUCAGAAAAGGCUCCAUAGCAGUGAUGUGUGACAUCGAAAGGAUGUUUCAUCAGUUUCAUGUGAAAAGAGAAGACCAAGAUUACUUACGAUUCCCAUAGAAGUAGGCUACACUCAAAAACCAGCCCUGAAAGUAUAUACAAAACAAAUGAUCAUAAUACCAGUAUUUAAAUACACAGACUAUGUAUAAAAAUACACAAUAUUUAUAAAAACACAGAGUAAAUAGACAUGGAAAAUCAAGUACAUAGUAACAUUUCAAAUUUAAACUGUAAGGAGUCAUUGAAGACAAGUGCAAAAUGUUCAUAAGAUAUCAGACUACGCACAUAGACCUACAAAAAGCACGACAAAUUUAGUUCCUCAUUUAAACCAUGAGGUUCAAGUAUUAAGGGUAAAUAUCCAGAAUGCCUCCCUACAUAAGAGUUUUUUGAUCAUGUCUCCGCCUCUAGAGGGUGUACUGAUUUUUUCUAUCCCCCAAAAUUUUAAUGAAGCUGGAGAUCCAUGAUUUGCCUGCAUAUAAUGUCUUGCCAUGGCAUAAGUGGUGUUUUUAGUGCGAAUUGCUGUUUUGUGCUCUGAUAUUCUAAUUUUUAGUUGAUGUUUUGUCUGUCCAAUGUAUACCAGACCACAUGGACAUUUUAAUAAGUAAAUUACAUGUGUACUAUUACAAUUGAUAAAAGAACUAAUAGGAUAAGAUUUACCCGUCCUGGGAUGCGAAAAAUCUUUAGUGUUGGUAGAGUUAGAACACUGGGCACAAUUACCGCAUUUGUAGAAUCCCAGCAGUGGAUUAGAAAGCCAGGUCGUGGGAGGCGAAAAUUUCAUGUCAGAAUGGACCAAGCGGUCUCGAAUAUUGCGGGCACGUUUGAAGGCGAAUCUAGGUGGCUCCGCACAGAUGUCUUUUAAGGCAGGGUCACUCUGGAGGAUAUGCCAAUGAUUUUUUACUAUGUGUUUUAUUCUCCCCGUCAUUGGCGAAUAGCGGGUAGAGAAGCAGAUUUUAGGAUUUUAUUUAUUCUUAAUUCUCUUAUUUAGCAGGGAGGAUCGGUCUUCUAUGGUAGCCGUAAGGUUGGGGUACCGCCCUCUAUACACCUGUCAGGUGAUCCUGAUCACCUUAAUAAGGUACCACCACCUAUGCCUUCCAUACUUGACUCUGAUGAAGACGUGACACACGUCGAAACGUUAGUCCUUAUGUUGAGACCUUAAAUAAUAAAUAAAAUAAAAAAAUACUUAAAUUCCACAUCUUUGUCGCUCCGGUGAACUCUCUCUCUUCUACUGGAUUCGGUCCUCUCCCGUUGAUGCGCUAGAUGUGACCCGCAGUAGCGCGGAGGUACAUUUGUUUUCUACGUAAAUCCACA